UUCCUAUCACCUGUCAAAUUAAAUGUCAAAACAAAACCUAUUUGAAAUCAAUGAUAAAAUUAAUUGUUCAAUAAUGAGAUAAGUGUUAAAGGAUCAAAGUUUUAUUCGGUGACAAUGUUAGACGGAAAAAAGUUAUAUCAAUCUUUGAGCGUUUUCGGGUCUUUAAGCCUUGCCUUGACAAUACCGUGGAUUGUCUUUAAGGUUUGUAGGGCUGUGUGUUUGAAACGUAAUUAUCAUGCGUUAAUGAGAAAGGUUGUCGUAAUUACGGGCGCCAGUUCAGGCCUGGGCGAAGCCUUAGCUCAUGAAUUUUACAAACAGGGGUGUCAGGUUGUCUUGUGUGCGAGGCGUCGCCAAGAAUUGGAGCGUGUCCGUUCGGAUUUACUUAGGACGCACCCCACUGUGCCCACCAUUCCUCCCAUAAUACAGCCUCUUGAUUUAAGUGACAUCAACUCACUACCCUCCCAUGUUGAAAAAAUCUUGGCCAUUACGGGCAGAAUUGAUAUUUUGAUAAAUAACGGGGGUGUGUCCCAUAGAGGUUCUGUAAUUACAACGCAGCCUGAUGUUGAUAUUAAAAUUAUGUUAGUGAAUUAUUUUGGGGCUGUUGCUUUGACUAAAGCUGUGUUACCCAACAUGAUUAAAAAUAAGUCAGGACAAGUGGUUUUCGUGAGUUCAAUACAAGGUUUGGUGGCCUUACCUGAGCGGUCAGCUUAUUGUGCCUCCAAGCACGCCCUACAAGCCUUCAGCGACAGUUUAAGGGCAGAAGUGGCCGCUCAUAACAUAUCAGUCACUAUUGUAAGCCCUGGAUACAUCAAGACGGAAUUAUCCCGGAACGCCUUAACCGGAAGUGGGACAAAACAUGGUGAAAUGGACGCGACAACCGAAUCCGGUUACUUGCCUGAAUACGUUGCAUCCGAAAUUGGACGUGCUGUAGUCCAAAAGAAGAAGGAAAUAGUUAUUUGUACGUUCUUACCUCGAAUUGCGAUUUUUCUGCGAAAGUACUUACCAUCUGUGUACUUCUCUGUAAUGGUAAAACGAGCAAAAAAAGCUCAACUUAAAUAAAUUCCAACUGUAUUUUUA